GGGGCGGGGCCAGGCUGGGGGGCGGGGCGAGCGGCGUGGAGGAGGAAGUGAUGGGGCCGCGGCGAGAAGGAAGAGGACAACUGUACCCUGUAGAUAUUGCAGGUGGCAAGCCUGAAAUUUUCCAGGUAGCAGCUGAGGCCUACUAUGCGAAGCUUUUGCAGCAAGGUUCAUCGUCUCCCGACUUAUUUUCCAUUCCGGGUGGAGAGAAGGUGAAACUUGAAGCUUCCUGUGUGCGGUUUCUUCCGGUGUACCGAGACAACACUUCAUGCAAAAUUUUGGUGCUAACCAGUCCGCAAGAUAAAGAGACAGUUUUGGCAGUUUAUCUGAACCAGUCCUGGUGGCCCAUAGAAGAGAUAGUGAAGACUGCUGAUCCAGCUAGAGAAGGGCUGAUACCGGUCCAGACAUUUGGAGAAAGGAUUGUCCUCUUUGUUCUGAACUACAUUAUUUUUGGAAUGUUAGAAAGGAGUUCAGCUAAUGAUGCCUUUUUUGUACCUCAUUCUGCCACGGAGCAUGCCAAGAUACUCUGGAGAAAUGGAGACGCCGUUGCUUUUUACACAUUCAAAAUGAAAGGAAGCCUGUGCAAUGACAACACCAGUCAAUGCUACUUUCUUCCAGUUCUGGAUACCAUAUUUGUUAGGAGAAAGAACAGAGGAUGUGGCUUGGGAAUGACAAUGCUGCAGGAUUUCUGUCAGUCUUUUGGGACUGAGGAUGCCUUGGGGAUCAGCUGCCCUAUUUCUGGUGCCAUGUACCAAGUUUGCCAGCGAUUCCUGCAGGCCCACACUGAGGAGCAGGAGAGAUUGUGGGAGGUGGAAGCACCUGGGGACUGGAGCCAACGUGUUAAUAUCUGGUUAAAGAUUCGUUUGGGACCAGGCCUUCCAGAGAGUCAUCACCAUUCUUCAGAGGACAAAGGUGGCUGCCCCAUAGCACAAACUUGUGAUGAUGAACCCAGGCAGUCAGAUGCAGGCCAGAUGAAUCAGGGAGAUGAACGAGUUUCUGAUGGUGGGAAAGAGUCACAAGAUGCCAAGGAAAAUGCAGAUGAUACAGCUACAGAAGCAAGGCCAUUAGACCUGCAAGCUAUUAGGGAAGAGGACUUCAGUCCAGGUGUACCUGAUGCUCAGCAAUGCAAAGAAUCCAGGAAAAGAGUAAGCACAGGGGAUUCGGUUGUAGACAAGGCUGCUAAGCAGCUCAGAGUUAUACCUUAAUUGACUUGCUCAGGAAGGAGCAAGAUUCAUAAUGCAGUCAUUAAAAUGAAUACAAUAGACUAAAAUAUUCAUAAUCUCUAACCCCAGAGAGAUUUCUUCAGGUUAGUUACAAGUGUUUUGCAAGGCUGAUACUCUAUAGCUUGUGCGCUGUUUUAAAUAAACCUAUUGUUUUUCUAA